AUGCGGGGAUGUGGUCACUAUAACGGAUCACGCUUCACUCACCGUCCUGAAGUUCACUAUACAGAGAACAUGGUCACCCACGGUCCCAGUACAAAGGGGGCGCCCACGGUCCCAGUACAAAGGGGGCGCCCACGGUCCCAGUACAAAGGGGCGCCCACGGUCCCAGUACAAAGGGGGCGCCCACGGUCCCAGUACAAAGGGGGCGCCCACGGUCCCAGUACAAAGGGGGCGCCCACGGUCCCAGUACAAAGGGGGCGCCCACGGUCCCAGUACAAAGGGGGCGCCCACGGUCCCAGUACAAAGGGGCGCCCACGGUCCCAGUACAAAGGGGGCGCCCACGGUCCCAGUACAAAGGGGGCGCCCACGGUCCCAGUACAAUGGGGCGCCCACGGUCCCAGUACAAAGGGGCGCCCACGGUCCCAGUACAAAGGGGCGCCCACGGUCCCAGUACAAAGGGGGCGCCCACGGUCCCAGUACAAAGGGGGCGCCCACGGUCCCAGUACAAAGGGGCGCCCACGGUCCCAGUACAAAGGGGGCGCCCACGGUCCCAGUACAAAGGGGGCGCCCACGGUCCCAGUACAAAGGGGGCACCCACGGUCCCAGUACAAAGGGGGCGCCCACGGUCCCAGUACAAAGGGGGCACCCACGGUCCCAGUACAAAGGGGGCGCCCACGGUCCCAGUACAAAGGGGGCGCCCACGGUCCCAGUACAAAGGGGCGCCCACGGUCCCAGUACAAAGGGGGCGCCCACGGUCCCAGUACAAAGGGGGCGCCCACGGUCCCAGUACAAAGGGGGCGCCCACGGUCCCAGUACAAAGUGGGCGCCCACGGUCCCAGUACAAAGGGGCGCCCACGGUCCCAGUACAAAGGGGGCGCCCACGGUCCGGCACAAAGAAUGUGUGGGACCACAGCCUUGAUAACAUGA